AUCCUGCAACUUUUCCACAGGCAGGCCCCUAGCGGUGACAUUUGAAUCUUACUAAAUGAACAUAAUGUUGAGCAACAUGACAGGGCAGCGAAGGCUUCUGGUGCUGGGAUUGCUUCUAGGGUUGGUUUCGCGCGGCUUUUGCGCACGGUUGCCCACUCGUGGGGACAUUAGCAAGGGGAAGGGCCACAAUGACGAUGGUCAGCUGACACCCGAUGCUGCUGCGGACGCAAUUUUGGCGCUACCUGGCUUUGUGAACUCGUUGCCCUCGCGGCAUUUUGCCGGCUAUGUGACUGUGGAUGAGGCCCGCGGGCGGCGGCUGUUCUACUACUUUGUGGAGAGCGAGCGGGACCCAGCCAAUGACCCCGUGGUGCUGUGGCUCAACGGCGGCCCCGGCUGCAGCUCCUUCGACGGGUUCGUGUACGAGCAGGGUCCCUUCUUGUACGACCUGAUUCCGGGCCCCGGCGGCCGCGGCGCACAGGCGGUGUCGCUGCGGAGGAACCCGCACGCCUGGAGCAAGGUGGCCAACAUGAUCUUCCUGGACUCGCCCGCGGGCGUGGGUCUGUCCUACUCGGAGCACGCGGCCGACUACGUGGUGGACGACGGCCGCACCGCCCAGGACGCCGACGCCUUCUUGCGCGGCUGGUUCGCCCGCUACCCGCAGUACCAGGCCAACGACUUCUACGUCAGCGGCGAGAGCUAUGCCGGCAUCUACGUGCCCAACCUGGUCCGGGAGGUGCUCAUCGGCAACGAGGCCGGCGAGGAGCCCAACAUCAACCUCGUGGGCUACCUGGUGGGCAACGGCUGCACGGACGAGCGCUACGACGGCAACGCGCACCCGCUGUACGCCGCCACCAAGUCGCUGCUGCCCUGGCGCCAGUUCCGGCAGCUGGAGGCCGAGUGCGGCGGGGAGUACUGGAACCGCACCGGCGGCAGCACGUGCGACAAGCUGUGGGGCAAGCUGUCCGCCAACCUGGCAGCACUCAACAUCUACAACACACUGCAGGACUGCUUCCACGACGGCCCCGCCUCCACCACCACCUCCGCCUCCGCCUCCUCCUCGGGCGGCACCCCAAGCCUGCUGGGCACCGUGAGCCAGGAGCAACUGGCGGCGGCGGGGCUGCUGGGUGUGUGGCCGCUGCCGGGCGGCGCCGUGCGGCCCGGGCCGGUGAUGAACUGGGCGCACGUGCAGAAGCGCAUGGGGCGGCUGGGCCUGACGCCGCCCUGCACCGACUCCAGGCAGUGCGCGGCCCGGCUAGGCAUGUUGUCGCACACGCCCGUUUGCACCGACUCCAGGGCCGCGGACAUGUGGCUGAACGAUGCGGCGGUGCGGGCCGCCAUACACGCCGCGCCCGUGUCCGCCAUUGGCACCUGGACCCUGUGCAGCGACAAGAUCAGCUACAGCCGCAACCACGGCUCCAUGAUCCCCAUCCACGUCAACAACACCAAGAACCACGGCCUGCGUGCGCUUAUCUACUCGGGAGACCACGACAUGGCUGUCCCGCACACGGGCAGCGAGGCCUGGACCUCGGAGCUGGGCUACCCGGUCAAGAGCCCCUGGCAGCCCUGGUUCGUGGCGGACCGCCAGGUUGCGGGCUACUACGUGGAGUACGGCCACGGCCUGACGUACGCCACCGUCAAGGGCGCCGGCCACAUGGUGCCCGAGACCAACCCGCGCGACUCGCUGGCCAUGUUCGAGCGCUUCCUGGCGGACACCCCCCUCAGCGGGCUGUGAGGCGGCGGGAGCCGCGGGGCAGGGGGGUUGUGAGUACCAGCCCAAACUAUGUAUAUAAGGCCAGCAAGUGCAUCCCGUCAUCAUCAGGAAGCUUGCCCAGCCAAUCAGAUGGGGACUGGUCACUGCCGCCAUUGAUAUUACCUACGGUCACCAGUAACAGCCCGUGUGGGUUUUCUUCUCGGCGAUGGGCGGCGACAGGACGUUACAUGUUAUAUGAGCAUGUGGGUGCCCUGGGUGCGGGGCACAGGCAGGCAGGGCAGGUAGGCAGCAGGGGGUGGGGACGAGGGGGGCAACGGCUACCGACGGUGCAGUAGGGCGCAGGGAGAGCUAGAAUGCAGGAAGUACACGAGGAGGAGCCCGAGGGGGGGGCGAUGUAGAUCGGGUUGCAGUGGUGGCACCCGCACACGCGGCACCUCACUGCGGAGGCGGUUGCGUGUAAGGCACCGUGUCAAAAGAGCGCGAGGGAGGUUGCAGCAGAUUGCAUUUAUUGGAAUGUCGGACGGGCAGACGGAACAUGGCACGUGUAGCGACCGCGGGGAUCGCAGCGGACGGCGACUUGGCAAGCACGGUGCGGGGCGCACCGUGUGCUGCCAUGGGAUGCCCCCCCUGCCACAAAGCCGGAGCGGCAGAGCCCCAGGCGGCGGCAGCUGCGGCACCGCAUCGGCGCCGCAGCUCCACGGGUGCGAGGCUGCAGGACAUGCAGGCACAGCUCGCGUCCAUUACGGAAGGCUGGGCGGAGGAUCAUACCGGGCAUACAGACUCCCUGAGUCUAGUCCUAGCACCGUGCUAGUCAGCCUAGCCUGCUGACUCAAGAGUGCUGCGCUAGUGCCUCAGCCACAGCUCAAAGCCAGCAAACACCACUGGAGCUACAGUUGUACAACCAAGGCAUGCGCGUCGACCUCCUUGAUUGUAAGUAGGGCAACUCGCUUCGGCGCUUCGCCUACGCAGGAGCCUGCAUGUGGGCUAGCACUUGGGCUAGCAACGCCGCAGAGACCGGGUUGGCAGGGCGCGGACGAGGGUACGGAGAAAGGUGAGGGCAUGCUGCAAUGCUGCGUGCUGCAGUGCAGGACACGCAUGAGGGCAGGCCUACAGAGUUGUCGCCGCCAGUCACGGCAUGACGCGUGACACAGCGCACAUGACGUGCUGAUGACGUGUGGCACGUGUAAAAGCAGAGGAGC